AUGGCCACCACUGCCAAAGUGAAGCGAGCCUUCCUACUGAUGCUCUUCCUGCAUCUACAUGCAGUCGCAGGGAUGUCAGGUUGGGGCGGUUGCUUGGACGGUCAGGAUGUCUUCUCGAGGGUGGCGGAAAACAGCCUGUGUGGGGAAGUGGUGGCUGACCUCAUGGCCGACCCCCCAAUGGAAGGGGUCGAGUGGAGACUCCACGGGAAAGAUGCCGAUUGGUUCUUUUUGGAUGGAGGAGUCAUACGUUUGAAUUCAUCACCGGAGAAAGUGCUUGACCGAGAGGUGCUGGGUCCUGUGCUGAUAGCGGAACUAUCAUGUUAUGAAGACAACGUGCUUCAGAGCGUUUCCAGGAUCGCAGUGGAGAUCCUAAAUGAGAAUGACAACUGGCCCGAGUUUGUAGAAGACACCGUCCAAACUGUUGUCAUCAGCGAGCUGACUCUGGUCGAUACGCUCGUGAUUACCGUCCUGGCAACUGAUGCAGACAAUGAUCAGAUCAUUUACUCCAUUGAUCAGUCAUCUCCUGACGCAGAGUACUUCAAAAUUAAUCUUCACAACAGUGGUGAGGUGAUGCUCGCCAAAGCUCUUGACUAUGAGAACAAAACUCAGCUCUUUCUCACUAUCAAUGCAGCUGAAAUGAACACCGCAGAGCACUUCAACACUAGCACAGACAUCGUGGUGGACGUUCAGGAUGGAGACGACCAGUACCCUCAGUUCCUUCCCUGCACGCUGUUGUUUCAGGACCGCACAAAUCACAUUUGCACUAGUCCCGUUUACACCGUCAAUGUCACAGAAGGCAAAGAGGACUUUGUACUGGAUUUCUCUCCUGGUCCAAUCCAUGCAGUGGAUGGAGACAGAGGACUCAAGGCCACUGUCAACUAUGCCAUCCUCUCAGGAGAUGACCACGGCCGUUUCCUGAUGGACCGACAAACAGGAGAAGUAAAGUUCACCCGCGCGGUGAAGGAUAGACUCGUCACACCAGCACUGCACCUUCAAGUUAUGGCCUUUCAGGACGACGACCCCAGGAAGUACACCGUAGCCACUGUGCUGGUCCGUGUUCUGGCGGUGAACCGGUUUCAUCCAGUAUUCGACAUGGCUGAAUACCACGGCUUUGUGACGGCGGGAAAGAGUCCCGCCUCCCUGGUUUAUACCUACGGCAACAGGGCGUUGAUGUUACACGUGCAAGACCAGGACUUUAAACACGGAUUUAAUCCGAUGAUCUACUUCACCUUCAGCCCCACGUCCAAUCACACGGGAAUCUACCGGGUCACACAGGAGGGGCUCCUCAUUGCCAGGACCAAUCAGCUCAAAGCCAGACAAAAACACCUUCUGCACGUAAUGGCGAGAGACCGGGAGUCAGGUGAUGCCGUUGUCGCUACGGUGGCGGUGGAUGUAUUGUCUGAAAGCCAAUCAAUUCCUCUGAGCGCUCUGGUAGACGACCGCGCCAUCAGUUGCACCCUGGGCAAAGCCUUGUUUCUCAGCACGGCCUUCCUGACGGUGAUUGGCUGCGUUGUGACCUUGGUUCUGUGGCUGAAGAGGAAACAUAAGGGCCAUCUGGACCCCCUGGAGAGGGGUUGCGUGGCGCAGGGCAAGCACCCCAACGUGAGCCUUCGAUGGUUUCAACUGGUGAAUCCGAGCGGCGGCACGCCUCGGGUGGAAGAUGUGAGCUUCAGCAGUGAAGACUACGGAACAACGAAUCCUUCGUUCAGCUGCUCGGGGAAAGACCCUCCAUCUUGCCAACGGCCCAACAACGGCGGCAACGACCCGUCGACGGCUCCCCUCGAUGCCACCCUGAGCUUGGCUCAAGCCAAGUGUGCCACCAUCACCUUCAACAGCGUCUCCACGCCCACCGGGAACUUGUCUUGCUUGUCCACCUUCAGGCCAAACUCUGUGGACAUCAACGCCGUUGACCCCACAGAAAACUCAGAUUCAUCUCAACCGGAUCCAUCGGUACCUUGCACCUGUCUCGACUCGCAAACAAGUACCGAGGACCCUGUUGACACACCCGCCAGCCCCUCGCCCUCGUCUGCUAGUGUCCCUCGCAUCCAGACUCGGAUCACUUCAGCCGAGACAGAGAAACCUUUCAGCAAGCCUCGUGCUGCGUCAUUACAAAACCCUUCGGACUCCCCGCAACUGCUUUCGCUGGUCACCAAACAGACAACGCCGCCGCCCACCCCCGAGCAGCCCCCUUUGAAGGCCACGCUGGUUAUGGUUGACGCGUCACCUGAACCAUCAAUGCGAAGAUGGAGCGAAGAGGACCAGCCCUGCACGUCGCUGGACCAUCCGGAGCAACCCCAACACCAGGAGCCGAACCGCGAGGACGACGAAGGAUUUCUGGCUGACGAAGACGCCGGCAGGAACAGUGAGGAUGAAUUUGAGGCGGACGACGAAGAGUUAAUGAGGGUCAUGUCUCGGUGCAAUCCCAUGUUUAUCACGUUCAACCAGUGA